UAUCCACAGUUCAAAACACUCAAAUAAAGCAAUUAGCCAUCUUUUUCCCUCUAAAAUCAUGGGUGUUUUGACCUAUACCGAUGAGCACACUUCCUCGGUCUCUCCGGCAAGAACUUUUAAGGCCUCAAUCGUCGAUUCACACAAUUUGAUGCCAAAACUCUUGCCAGAUGCUACUAAAAGCAUCAAUAUUGUCAAAGGUGAUGGUGGGGCUGGAACUAUUAAGAGCAUCAGUUUUAUUAAAGGUGAUGAUUUCGUGAAGCACCACAUCAAUGAACUCAAUGAGAAGACAUUGACGUACAAGUACACUUUGAUUGAAGGUGAAGGCAUAUCAGACAAGAUUGAGAAGGUCUCUUAUGAUAUUAAGUUUGAGGGUUCACCUGAUGGUGGCACCAUCUCCAAGAUGACCACAACCAUCUACACCCAUGGUGACUUUGAGCUCAAGGAAAAACUAAAGGCAGGCAAAGAAGAGGUUUUGGGGCUUUACAAGGUUGUGGAAGUCUACCUCCUCAAGAACCCUGAUGCAUAUAUUUGAAGAUGUUCAUUUCAAUGUUGUGCUGUAGCCAUGUUUGGCAUUUUUAAGAUUCCCAGUGUUUACUUUGAUAAAAUAUCACAUCAUCAAUAAAGUUUUGACUCAAAAGAUUGUUUCUUGAUAUAAUGAAGAGUAUAUAAUGUGCAAGUAAUGAAUUCAAGAUUUGGGAGCUCAAUG